UCACUGAAUGAACGAUAAGGCUAUAUAUGAUAGAGGGGAGAUGUUUCGCGGCAAAACGUUUUGCGUCGCGUUCUUUAGUACUCGCGUGUGCCGUGACAUGCAGUGAGUGGACUUGUACUGAACAUGAGGCUGUCACUGCACAUCGCGGUGGUGGUACUGUCACUGUACCACACCUGCAAGGCCGAUAGGCCUGUCCGUGCCAUACCGAACCCUAGCCAGAAGUAUGCAGUGCUUGGGGAACCGAUCGAUGCAAAUUUAGAUGAAGAUGGCUACUUUUAUCCAAAGCCGAAAAUACCGUUUCCUCCACCGACAAGACCUCCUACACCACCUUCAAAACCACCACCAGUAAACCCAGAAACAGACGGAUAUUUUUAUGAAAAGCCGCGUAUACCAUUCCCACCCCCUCCACAGCCACCAAGAACUCCUCCACCACCGCCACCACAACCACCGAGAACCCCUCCACCUCCACCUCCGCAACCUCCACGAAUACCGCCAACACCCCAACCACCACGAUUUCCUCCAUAUCAACCACCAAGGAUACCACAACCACCCCCGCAGCCGCCACGGUUUCCACCAUAUCAGCCACCAAGGAUCCCUGAACCAUCAAAUAAUGGGUAUAAAUACAAUACGCCACGGAUACCAUUUCCAGUAUCAACAACAACAACAAAACCUGUAACCUAUCCUCCUCCUACUCCACCUUCAACAUAUCUUCCACCUACAAGACCUCCACCUCCACCAACUACUAGGCCUCCUCCACCUCCCCCUCCCCCAACGACUAGGCCACCUCCACCUCCUCCCCCACCCACUACAAGAGCCCCUCCUCUCACAAGACCACCUUCACCUCCAUCACCCAAAACUCAGACAACUGGUUACAAUUAUCCCAAACCAACAGUCCCAUUUACAUUCCCUACAAAAGCACCGCCUACACGUCCUCCACCACCACCAACUGCACCAACUUAUUUACCUCCUACGCAGAGGCCACCACCACCCAGCCCACCAUCGACGUACCUACCCCCUACCAGACCUCCACCUCCUCCUCCUCCUCCUACGAGACCUCCUCCACCUCCAACAACCAGACCCCCACCUCCUCCACCCCCUCCAACAACCAGACCACCUCCCCCUCCCCCACCUCCAACAACCAGACCGCCAACACCUCCUCCGACUAGACCUCCUCCUUCACCUUCACCAAAAACACAAACAACUGGUUAUGAUUAUCCAAAACCAACCAUACCUUUUACGUUCCCAACUAGACCACCACCAACUAGACCUCCACCACCGCCCACACCACCGUCAACAUACUUACCACCGACAAGACCACCACCUCCUCCUACCCGACCGCCAACGAGAGCAACUCCACAACCUACUCGUCGGCCUCCACCACCAAGUCCUCCGUCAACAUACUUGCCACCAACUCCACCAAGCACUAGACCCCCUCCACCGCCACCUCCUCCAACGACAAGGCGACCUCUUCCCCCACCUACGACAAGACGACCUCCUCCCCCAAUAACACCUAAGACACAAACCACUGGUUAUGCUUAUCCCCGACCAACAAUUCCUUUCACAUUCCCUACCAGAGCACCGACCACACGUCCUCCGCCUCCACCUAGUCCACCAACUUAUUUACCUCCCACUCAACGCCCUCCACCACCUAGUCCGCCAUCCACAUAUUUACCUCCUACUACUAGACUCCCACCUCCACCAACUACUAGACCUCCUCCACCUCCUACGACUACCAGAAAGCCCCCGCCACCACCACCGCCACCAACUACAACACUCAGACCAGUUACUUACUUACCUCCGAGUCCUUCAACAUAUUUACCACCGCCUAGACCGACCCAACCCCCAACUAGACCACCUCCCCAACCAACGCCUCCCCCGACAAGACCCACAUUUAGGACUACGGGCUACGAAUAUCCAAAUCCCAAAGUUCCCUUUACAUUACCCACCCAACCAACGUACUUGCCACCAUCGCGCCCUACUAGACCUCCUCUACCUCCCUCUCCACCACCGACGAGAACUCCCCCUCCCCCUACACCACCAAGGACCAGACCUCCACCCACAAGACCCCCUUCAACACCAGGCUACAUAUAUCCUCGUCCAUCCACUGCCUUCGUCCCCACAGGACCUACAUACAUUCCUCCUACAAGACAACCAUACUUCCCGGUUACCACAAAGGCCCCUUUCACCACCAGACCACCAUAUGUUCCCGAUGAAGGCUAUUACUACGAUCGACCGAGAGUACCAUUUGUAUUCUAAACUAGCAAAUAAUUAAUAAUUAAGAUGCCAUAAUAAUUGUGAUACCAAAAUAUUACUACCGCGACCUAUGUAUUAUAUUAGUUAAUUUCAUAUGUAUUUCAUUAAGGCUGAAAGGUAAACGCUAUUUAUUAUGUAUUACAAGUACGAAAAAACUUUUUCUUUUAUUAUUAUAUAUGUUCUCGAUGUUUAAUACCAAUACUUUGAUCAUUCAAAAUUCUAGUGAUAUUAGUAUUUGUGAAUGUUUUCAGUAUUUUUUAUAUUUUAAACGAAUAUUAUAAUUAAUUUUAAUGAUCUUAAUACUCAAAGGGAAAUUUCUAAACACUGCCAACUAAUUAAUACUUUAAGAUUGUAAAAAUAUUUUUAAUAAAAACCUGAAAUUUG